AUCAAUAAAAACUAACAAAUCUUAAUUUAAAAUAAUUUUUUAUUAAAAAUUUUGCUUUUCGUUGACCUUUUAAUUAAUGUAAAGAUGCAUGUCUUUUUCUUUAGAAAAAAAAAUUUCAUUUGGCUCUCCCUAAAAAACUUUUUUGGCUAUGCUACUGGAGGAAGUGAUAAGCAAGGGGAGCAAUCCUUGUCACAAGGGGAAAGACCUCAGCGCUGGUGGCCUCUACUGGUGGUGGCUAAGGAUGGUUAAUGGUGCCAUGGUGGCAAUCGCAAUGAGGAUGGUCCAGGCCUUCUGGUGGGGACUUUGUGACAAUGGGAUGUGGGAAUGGUGGGGUUAUGUUUGGAAACCAAGAUGGGGGCAAGACACGUGUGGCAUGAUUGCAUCAUCAAAGGAGGUAGGGCUGUGGGCUAUUUAGUCUUAGGUCCUUCGCCAGACAAGGAUAGGAAACCAUGUGAGUUUCGGCAUGAGGUUAAUAAUUCUCUCAGGUUAAGGUCACUAAGGUUUGCACUAUUAGGAUUUUUGUGUUCAACUUUGAUUUUGCUAGUCAGGGUUAGAAGACUCCACGAGUGUGGGCCUUUACAUCAACUCCCCCUUGCGCAAGUACUCGGUUUUUGGGAUGAAAAUUUUACCCUCAUCUGAUGUGUACUUAACAUUUUUACCUGUUAUGGGUAAGGGAUUUUUACCCAUGGGCCGAGUAAAGGUAAAACAAUUUU